CCGUGCCUAUUUCAGCUUCUGUCCGAAGCUUCUCUUUCGUUGUUCCUCAGAUCGCUCUGUGCAUGUGGGAAGGGGAAAAAAAAUAAAAAUAAAAAAGAAAUAAAGAAAGAGAGAGAAAGAGAGAGAGCUUCUUUAGCUCUGCCUUGUGCCUUCUUCUUCUUCUUCUUCGUCUUCUCUCUCCGUGUCUUCGUUCCCAUGUGAUUUUAUUCAUUCAAGAUUCGUUCCCUGUAAAAAAGCUGCCGAUUUGCCUCCCUAACUUGCCAACUCCCCGCCUCCACACCCCCUCCCCCGCGGCCUAAAUAUCCCUCCCGCCGCUCUGCCGAGGAAUUUCUGCCCGGCCCGCCAAGUUUCCGGUGGAAAUUUAUUGUUUCUGAGGAAUCCCGACCCGGGUUCCCCUCCAAACCCCGAUACCCAAACUCCCUCCAUUUCUGCCCAUCUAAUUUGCCCCAACUACCUUGUUUCUUGAAUCUGUUAAGUCUUGUCUCUGUUUCUUGGCGGGUACCCCUCCAUUGGAUCUUUGUUGACUCUAGGGUUUCUGGGUUUCGCCGUUUGUACCAUCCCUGGGCUUUUAUCAGGUGGUUGUGUUUAGAUUAGUGAGAAUUUUGGCGUCCGUGCUUGAUUUAGUUUGAAUAGGGUUCUCUUAGGGUUGUGGAACUAUGGAUAAGGAUAAAUCUCAGGUUCAUGGUAGUGGUGGGUUCCAUGGUAGUUUCUCACAUUCUUGGGAUGCAUUUAGUUUGAAAUCGGAGCCAUCGCCUCCGUCUUCUUCGUCUUCGCAGCUCCCUCCGAUGCCACCUCAUCUCGGCCACGCGGGUUCGAGUUCGGUUUCGGGUCCUGACCAGACCCACUUCAGUCAUGACCUUAGUAGGAUGCCCGAUAACCCGCCGAGGAACUUGGGCCACCGCCGCGCCCAUUCAGAGAUUCUCACUCUCCCAGAUGAUCUUAGCUUCGACAGUGAUCUUGGGGUUGUUGGGGGUGCGGCUGAUGGGCCCUCUCUAUCCGAUGAGACUGAAGAGGAUUUGUUGUCUAUGUAUCUAGAUAUGGAUAAGUUCAAUUCUUCCGCCAUGUCCUCGUUUCAGGUCAGGGAGCAUUCCUCUGCUCCCGUUUCUGUGGGUCCUGUAGGGACCGGAGUGAUGCCCGGCUCGAGUAUGGGUGCAGGGAAUUCUUCUUCUGAGGCCUUGGCAGCGGGCCCCAGUGAGAGGCCCCGGGUGAGGCACCAGCACAGCCAAUCUAUGGAUGGGUCAACGAGCAUUAAGCCUGAGAUGCUCAUGUCGGGCUCGGAGGACCCGUCUCCUGCUGAUGCAAAGAAGGCCAUUUCAGCUGCCAAACUUGCAGAGCUCGCACUGAUUGAUCCCAAGCGGGCGAAGAGGAUUUGGGCAAAUAGGCAGUCAGCUGCAAGGUCCAAGGAGAGGAAGAUGCGAUACAUAGCUGAGCUUGAACGGAAGGUGCAGACCCUGCAGACAGAAGCUACAUCACUGUCUGCUCAACUUACCCUGCUGCAGAGAGACACAAAUGGGCUGACUGCUGAAAAUAGCGAAUUGAAACUGCGUCUGCAGACUAUGGAGCAGCAGGUUCAUUUGCAAGAUGCUCUGAACGAUGCACUGAAAGAGGAGAUCCAGCAUCUGAAAGUACUGACAGGCCAAGCCAUGCCCAAUGGUGGACCAAUGAUGAACUUCCCUGCUUACGGAUCGGGGCAGCAGUUCUAUACCAACAACCAGGCAAUGCAUACUCUCCUGACUGCCCAGCAAUUCCAGCAGCUACAGAUCCAUUCCCAGAAGCAGCAGCAACAACAGCAACAGCAGUUUCAGCAUCAGCAGCAGCAGCAACAGCACCACCUCCAUCAACUUCAACAGCAGCAGCUUCAACAAGAGCAGCAUCAGCAGCAGCUCAGGGGGUCCAUGCCUUCCAGCCAGAAGGAUGGAAAUGCAGCAGAUUCAUCCUCUGUCAUGAAGGACUGAGUACUGUCUCUGGUUGUCAAAUCCUCUCAUCCAUCGCUUCGGUGUUCCUAGUUUUAGUUUCAGCAUGUUUCUUUUUUUUUUCUUUUUUUUUCCUUUUCCUUUCCUUUUUAGUCUUCAUGAAUUUUUAAAUACAUAGGACCGUGUUUUCUGCACCAACGACGUGCCCUGUUGUGGAGUUCAAUCUGCUUUUGCUGCUCUAUCAGUGCUCUCUGUCUGUUUGGUAGCUGUUGUAUGGGACGAUUGAAAAUUUUGGAGGGCACUUUCUAUGUAGUGCUGUUGAAAUCAAAUCCCAUUGGAACGGUCGAUUUUCUGUUCUAUA